UAUAACGCAAAAAUCACACCGGACGCACCCGAAGUUUCCCCAACUCUUAAGCUUCGUUUUACGGCAAAUCCUGAGAGUCCUGCCGCAGAUGCCGUAAAAGAUUACCAAGUCCCAGUGGGGAUCCCACUUCCGGUUUUGCGGCACCGUCUGGGCGGGAAAGUGCCCGGCUGUCGGUUAGAGGGAGAGUCCUCGCCCCGCCCCCUCGGGCCCCACUACCAGGCUCUGCGACCCAGCGCUGGGCGCCGUUUAAGACCUCCCCUACUCCCCGUCGCUGGUGCCAUGGAGGCGGCGGGAGAGGCAGAAGUCGAAAAUGAGGAUGGCGACAGCAGCUGCGGGGAUAUGUGCUUCAUGGACAAAGGUUUACAGAGCAUAUCACAGUUAUCUUUAGAUUCAACCCUUCAUGCCAUCAAUCUUCAUUGCAACAACAUCUCUAAGAUCAAAGCCAUUGAUCAUAUUUGGAAUUUACAACAUUUAGAUCUGUCAUCUAAUCAAAUAACUCAAAUUGAAGGGCUAAGCACUCUGACAAAGCUAUGUACUUUAAAUUUGUCCUGCAACUUGAUCACAAGAAUAGAAGGACUUGAAGCACUAAUUAAUCUGACUAGACUGAAUUUAUCAUAUAACCACAUAAAUGAUCUUAGUGGUUUGGUGCCUCUUCAUGGACUUAAGUAUAAACUGAGGUAUAUUGACCUACAUAGUAAUUGCAUAGAUAGCAUCCACCACUUGCUUCAGUGUACAGUAGGAUUGCACUUCUUGACUCAUCUUAUUUUGGAAAAGGAUGGAGAAGGAAAUCCUGUCUGUCAUGCACCAGGGUAUAGAGCAAUUAUUCUCCAGACUUUGCCACAGCUUAGAGUCCUAGACUGUAAGAAUAUCUUUGGUGAACCAGUAAAUUUGACAGAAAUGAAUUCAUCACGCCUACAGAGCUUCGAAGGUCUUUUGGAUAAUUUAGUUUCCUCUGACUCUCCCUUAAAUAUAAGUGAAGAUGAGGUUGUUGAUGGCAUGCCAGUGAUAACACCACCCAUGGAUGAGUUACCUCCCUUGGAGCAGUUUACAAGUACACCAGCAGAUACUGUUUUGACGUCUUUUCUGUCUGUGUGUCCAUCUUCAGAGCCGGAGAAAACUAACACUGAAAAUGAUUUUCAGAAUGACAUGAAACUUCAGAAAUUAGAUGAUCAAAUUUUACAGCUUCUUAAUGAUACUUCUAAUUCUAUAACAGUUAAUGCUCCUGAGCAAGACCUCAGACCAAAAAGAGAUACAGAUAUAACUUCUGAAAGUGACUGUGGAAACAGAAAAGAAUGCAAUAGAAGGGUUCCUCGGCGAUCAAAAAUCCCAUAUUGUGCCAAAACAAUUCAAACUAUUAAGCACCACAAUAAAAACAGCAACCAUUUUGUAAGUUGUAAUCGUAAAAUGAAACAACCUUACCUUAAAGAAUUAUACGUAAGAUCGUCUUUAGCAAAUUGUAAUGUAUCGCGAGACUCAGAAGACCAGAAGACUGAAAUUAUUAAAGUAGACAAUAGUGGUUCUGAAGACAACACUUACCGGUGUCUUGUUGAACAGCUAGACCAAGAGAGAGAGAUGAGAUGGAAAGCUGAACAAGCUGAAAAGAAUCUCAUGGAUUAUAUUGAUAAACUGCAUAAACAAGCAAGUGAAAAAAAAGAUGUUCAUAGUCUUGCUCUGCUAACCACAGAUAGAUUAAAGGAUAUUAUUUUUAAAGAGAGACAUUCCAAGAAACAACUUGAAAUUAUGGUUCACAGACUUCAAAAUGAAAUUAAAAAGCUAAGUAUUGAAUUAAUUAAAGCAAGAGAUCAACAAGAGGAUCACAUUAGACACUUAAGGACCCUGGAAAAAGCCUUAGAAAAAAUGGAAAGGCAAAAAGGGCAGCAGCAGGCGGCACAGAUGAGACUUCUUCAAGAGGUGGAGCUCAAAGCUGCAGCUGCUGAUAGAGAAAUAAACUUACUCAGAACUUCCCUUCAUCAAGAGAAGGAACAAGUACAACAACUUCAUGAACUUCUUGCAUUGAAACACCAGGAACACAGGAAGGAACUUGAAACAAGGGAAUUCAUUAGUGAUGCUGAAUUCCAGGAUGCCUUAGCUAAAGAAAUAGCCAAGGAACAAAGAAAACAUGAGCAAGAUAUAAAAGAAUACCAAGAAAAAGUUGAUUUAUUAAACCAGCAGUAUAUGGAAUUAGAAAAUGAAUUCCGUAUUGCUUUAACUCUUGAAGCCAGGAGAUUUAAGAAUGUUAAAGAUGGUUUUGAAAAUGUUGCAACUGAGUUAGCAAAGAGCAAACAUGCUCUUAUUUGGGCUCAACGUAAAGAAAAUGAGUCUUCCUCUUUAAUUAAAGAUCUGACCUGUAUGGUGAAAGAACAGAAAACAAAACUUGCAGAAGUAUCCAAAUUGAAACAGGAAACAGCAGCAAAUUUACAGAAUCAAAUCAACACCGUUGAAAUUCUGAUUGAAGAUGACAAGCAGAAGAGUAUUCAAAUAGAACUUCUGAAGCAUGAAAAAGUCCAGCUUAUUUCUGAGCUGGCAGCCAAAGAAUCACUCAUUUAUGGUUUAAGGACAGAAAGAAAAGUAUGGGGAUAUGAACUGGCCCAACAGGGGUCAUCUGUAGCCCAAAAUCGUGGAAAAUUAGAGUCCCAAAUUGAAAGUUUAUGUAGAGAGAAUGAAUCUCUGCGAAAGGCAAAUGAAAGUGAUAGUGAUGCAUUAAGAAUAAAGAGCAAAAUUAUAGAAGAUCAAACGGAAAGCAUUAGAAAAUUAAAAUCUUGUUUACAAGAAAAAGAUGAACAAAUCAAAACAUUAAAAGAAAAGAUGACUGAAAUAGAAAAAUGUAUGCAAGGUCAACUUGAUGAAAAAUCCUCACAACUAGAUAAUAUAAUUGAGCAGUUGGAAAGGCACAAUGAAAGAAAAGAAAAACUUAAACAGCAGUUGAAAGCAAAGGAAUUAGAACUUGAAGAAAUUAGAAAAGCUUACAGUACACUUAAUCAGAAAUGGCAUGAUAAAGGAGAACUUCUGAGUCAUCUUGAAACACAAGUAAAAGAAGUAAAAGAAAAAUUUGAAAACAAGGAAAGGAAACUUAAAGCAGAAAGAGACAAAAGUAUUGAACUGCAAAAGGAUGCAAUAGAAAAGCUUCAUAGUAUGGAUGAUGCCUUUAAAAAGCAAGUUGAUGCAAUUGUUGAAGCUCAUAAAGCUGAAAUAUUACAACUGGCAAAUGAAAAGCAGAAAUGCAUUGAUUCUGCAAAUUUAAAGGUUCAUCGAGUUGAGGAAGAAAUGCGUGGACUUUUGGAAGAAACGUGCAAAAACAAAAAAGCAAUGGAAGAAAAAAUUAAACAACUUGCUUUUGCUCUAAAUGAAAUUCAGCAAGAAAUGUGAUCGUUCUGAGAAAGAAUUUAAUUGAAAUGGACCAGCAGACCUAUUGUAAAAAUUAUUAAAUAUUGUAAUAGUAGUAACUGGUAUGACUUUGAAAUGUCUCUUUCUACACAUUUCAUUAUGAAUAUAUUUUUGAAGACUUUUGAUCAAGUGUUCCUUAAUUGUAUAUGUAGGUUUUGAUAAUAAACUUGAUAAUUAUGUGUAUUAGAAAAACCUAUCAUAGUAAUUAGAUUUACAACACUUCUUGUUUCUGCGUUAUACAUUGUUUGGUAAUUACACAUUUGCCUACAGAUUUGUAUAUGAAACAAUUAGUAUUUGAACUAUAUGAGGGAACGUAUUUUAAUCAUUGUUGUUACUUUAUUGUGUUGGUAAAAAGCUAAUUAUAUUUAUUGGAUGUCCAUUAGUUGAUGCAGCUCCAUUCUUUUAAAUACUUAUAGCCAAAAACUAUUUUAUAUCUGUAUUAUAAAAGAUAGUGGCAACUUAGGAAAACUAUGUAAUCAUCUCCACAUCAUUCAUAAUGACCCUUCUUUUUAUAAUGAAAGUAACUUUUCAUUAAAGAUUACAUCUUAAGAUUUUAUAAAUAGUCUGUUCCUAAAGAGGAAUACUGCUGUUCACCUUCAUUCUCCCUUUUAAUCAGUGUAUAUCAAGGGAACUUUAAUUUUGCAAUUAGAAGCAAUUAUUCAUUUCUCUUUUUAAAAAAAAAAAACAAAACAUUUAUUUAUUUGAAAGUCAGAGUUACACAGAAAAGGAGAGGCAGAGAGAGAGAGGUCUUCCAUCUGCUGGUUCACUCCCCAACUGGCCGCAAAGGCCGGAGCUGCCCCGAUCCAAAGCCAGGCGCUUCUUCCCAGUCUCGCAUGCUGGUGCAGGGACCCAAGGACUUGGGCCAUCCUCCACUGCUUUCCCAGGCCAUAGCAGAGAGCUGCAUCAGAAGUGGAGCAGCCGGGACCUGAACCAGCACCUAUGUGGGAAGCCAGCACUGCUGGCAGCAGCCUUACCUGCUAUGCCACAGCGCUGGCCUAGCAAUUAUUCAUUUCAUACCAGGUCAUUUAUUACUAUUUCAUUUUUGUUACCUCUUUGCUAUGUAUACAGAACCAAAAUCUUAAGUUCUGCAACCCCUUGCUAUUUCUGAAAAGAAAAAAAUAUAAACCAAAAUUUUAAAUUAAUAAUAGUGAACUGUCUUAGAAAGGAAAUGGACCCAGAAAAAAAUGUAUAUGCUUUCUUUUCAAAGAAGCCCCUAUUUAUUUAUAGAUAAGUGGGUACUGAGGUCUGUGGGAUAUCACUAGUCACAUGGACACACAUGAUGAGAAUUGUGGAAGGGGGGAUUAAAAAAAUACUUGGAGAAGUAACAGCCAAAAACACCCUAGAUUUGAUUGGAAAUGAUUAACCUACAGAUACAAGGAGAUUUCAGUAAAACUCAGGGAAAAUAAAACACCUGUAUAUGUUAACUUAUAGUCAAGAAGUCUUUGAAAAGAGCAAGAAAAUAGGAUUCAUUUCACAGAGGAAUAAUUUAACAGCUGAUUUCUUAGAAAAAAUGCAAGCCAGAAGAUAAUGGAUGAUACGUUUGAGAUGUUAGAAGAAAAGAAUCUCUCCACCAAGAAUCAUAGAUCCAGUGGAAAUAUUCUUCAAAAUAAAUGCAAAAUAAAGACAUUUCAGUCAAUGAAGACUGAUGUAAUGUA